UGGGGACAAUGCAUGCCAUCCACAGCUGCACACGUCGCAAGUCAGUUUUGCCCAUUCUGACCCGCAGGUAACAUCAACGGCGCCCGAACAUCCCCAAUCUCAACACUGACGAGCAUAUUUCCAACUUCCGGACCGAAGCGUGCACCGCAGCCAUUGGCUGAGCGCCUUUGUACCUGUUUUGUUGUCUCUGGUACUUCGUCGCGCAUUUCGGUGGGGAAGUUCGUUGCAGCUGCCAGUCCCCGCCCUUCGACCCGAAUCUCGACAGCACCUAACCCGACACAACCCUGCGAGUCUACGAUUCGGGUGCCUUACCUUUCAGAGUACCCGAUUACCCUAGAAAACCCAUCCUUUUCAACUGCCAACCACCGCCGUGGAUAUGCUCGAUACAAGACAUCGCCAUGGCCGAACACAAGAUGCAACUCGAAGACUGGUUGGACGACCUCUGCGUCCGUUUUAUCAUCCACCUCCCCAUGGAGGACCUCUCAUCCGUCGCGCGUAUCUGUUUCCAAGUUGAAGAGGCACAAUGGUUCUACGAAGACUUCAUCCGACCGCUGGACCCCACCCUACCGUCCAUGUCCCUCCGGAGCUUCUGCCUUCGCAUAUUCCAGCACUGUCCCCUGCUGGCUGGCUUCUCGGCCGAGAACCACAUGCGCGCGUUCGAUGAGUUCCUUCUAUACAAAACAAGAGUCCCCGUCAGGGGUGCCAUCCUGCUGAACGAGGCGAUGGACUCGACGGUGCUCGUCAAGGGUUGGAAGAAGGGCGCAAAUUGGAGCUUCCCAAGAGGUAAAAUCAACAAGGAUGAAGACGACCUCGAUUGUGCCGUCCGUGAAGUGUACGAGGAAACCGGCUUCGACAUCAAGCAAGCAGGCCUAGUACCCAAGGAGGACGAGGUCAAGUACAUCCAAAUCUCUAUGAGGGAGCAACAGAUCCGCCUCUACGUUUUCCGCAACGUCCCUAUGGAUACCGUCUUCGAGCCGAAAACGCGGAAAGAAAUCAGCAAGGUGGAGUGGUAUAAACUGUCGGAGCUGCCCGCUUUCCGAAAGAAGGGCAACAACUCCCACGAUGACGCCGCCGCCGCAUCAAACGCGAACAAGUUCUACAUGGUCGCCCCGUUUUUGGUGCCGCUGAAGAAAUGGGUGGUCCAGCAAAAGAAAAAGGACGGCACGCGCGUGGCUGCCGCUCACUCUCACCUGGCCAUUCAACAUCCAACCGAAGAUCCUCUCACCGAGGACGACAUCGGUGCUCCUACCGAACCAGCACCCGCACCGUCGAAUGGCGCUCCCGCGAUCGAAACAAUGGAGGGGGCUACGCGCGAGCUUCAGCGCCUUCUUAACGUUCAACAACCGGCCCAGAGCUUGCAGAUGAGUCCGUCAGCUUCGAGCGCUGGCAAGGGGGAAGCUCUCAUGGCGCUUCUGCAAAAGAGCGCCGAGAUGGCGCCACAGCAUAGCCCACAGCAAGCCCCCCACCCUACGAGUCAAAUCACACAUGCACCAUCGGAUCUUACCUACACGAACGGUCCUGACCCCAACGGCCCUCAUCACCACCACCAGACGCAGCGGCAACCAGCUCCGAAUUACCAACCAUCACCGAACUUCCCCAUGCCGCCAUUCCCCACCCAAAAUGCGCCUUCUGGGUAUUACGGUCAAGUCCAAGCACCUGCCCAGGCGAUGCCUCAGAUCUACGGUCGCAACCCGUUCGUGAACCCAGCACAGCAGCAGCGCAACGAGCCGGUCCUUCUCCAUCCACAGCCGCUACCACCGCAAGUGCAGCAGUCCGUUCUUACUAGGGGUAUCCUGCCGACUCCGGCUCUGAUGGAAGCGGUCGGUCAAGGCGGGCAGAAUGCUCAAAGAGACAGCCAACAGAUUCACUACGGCGGUCCGCAUACUCAGCCGGCUGGCCAAACUACUCAGCAAGGCGGCCCUCAUCCUCAGCAAGGCGGCCCUCAUCCUCAGCAAGGCGGCCAGCAUAUUCAACAGGGUGCUCUGGAUUCGUUCACCGCUCGUACCAAUGAUACCUAUGCUCCUCAGCAGCAAACUGCGAAGCCGGGCCAGUUGACCGGCCACGCAAUGUCGCUGCUGAGUGCUUUCAAGAACGGUCCUCGGGAUAAUAUUGAAAACAAAUCCCGCGGGAAUACACCCCAGGAUAGUGCGUUUGAGCCGGCAGACAGUCAGCAUCAGCAUCAGUCAGCACAGUGGGCAAACGUGCCGGCGACGCAAGCACCAAACCCCGCCGCGCAAUUUUUGCCUCAGCACAUGGGACCUGUUGCACCGAUGAGGACUUCGCCCCGCACAAUGCAGCCCUCGGAACCUCAACCCGGGGCCAAACCUUCCCAGCCAGCCGACACGCAUCGGACAGCACUAUUGGAUAUGUUCAAGAAGGGCGGCGCUAGGUCGCCCUUGAGUAACGAGAUUAGGAUGCAACCCGGCGGGGCACAACAAAGCCCCGGAUUUGCAAGGAAAGACGAGCCCGCCAGCCCCUCCUACAAGACGCCGUCCACAACCGAGGCGACUGCGCAAGCAUCAGAGGCCAACGGCGCACCCGUGAGGAUGAAUCCCGAGUUCAACCUGCCAUACCGACCCGUCCAGAUUAUGAGUCGGCCGAAGCAGGGGGACCAGGGCAAGUCGCAAGAGUACACAAGCGCAAUGGCUCAGAUGCAGCGUCUCCAGCAGCGAUUCAGUCCCAUCGGCCCGUCUCCGCCGGAUACAAGAAAUGCAGGCCGGCAAAACCUCCCCUCCCCACGAGACCGCGCCUUCCUACAGCAGCAGAUGGAGCAAGAAGCCAAACGGUCCCCCCAAUCCAACUACGCGGCUGCCCACACUGCCAGUCUCCCGUACGCGCAUCAAUCCCCGUCCAGCACGCAUUCCACCCCCUCGUUUCAACAGCAGCAGCAGCAGCAGCAGCAGCCACAGCACCAGCAGCCCACGGCUGUGCUCCAGCACCGCAAGGAUUCGAACUCGGAACAAAAGCAGAAACUGCUCUCGCUCUUUAGCAAGGAGCAGCAGCAGCAGCAACAACAACAACAACAGCACCAUCAGGGUGGUUCACCGGCCAGUAUCACAGCCGGAGAGAAGGGCAAGGGGAAGGAGGCCGCAGGCGCCGGCAUGUACAACCCGUCCCAGACCGGCAGCACGCCGCGUUCGCGCGUGGCGUCGUUCGCGUCGGCCGGCGCCAACGAGCCCGCCAUCAUCGGCGCCGGCAGCGCGGCCACGUCGCGCCGCGGGAGCCAGACGCCCAUCUCGCCGGCGGACCGCAGCUUCCUUUUGUCGUACCUGGAGUCGGUGACGGGCGUGGGCCGGUAAAAAUGGAUGCCAUGCUAUGCUGCAUGGGGGGGCUGGCUGGGUGGGAUUUGUUGCAUCAGGCGUCGCGGCGUUCCCCGGUUGGUAUGUCUCUAUCGCAUGGUUCGGUUUGGCGGUGGGGUUAGGUACCCGGGCGGCGGCACUACUUCUACUUCCCUUGCUCGAGAGCGGCGGAGGGAAAGAUUGGGUUCUAUAUCAUAUCAUCGUAUUCAUUCGCGAGGGUGGUUGGCUGCCGUAUUCACCACGAUGUUACCUAGCGAGGGAACUCGACAAUGCUGCGUUUUUUUCUUCUUCUUUUUCAAGUUAAGCGGGUAGAUUCAGAAACUAUCCAUAUCAUACAUGAUCAGUCUAGCGAGCCUUGAUUUAUUAUGUUUUGUGUUCAUCAA